AUGCCCUUCGUACAAGCUGGCUCCCACAGCCUGCACUACACGGACUCCCACCCAACUGGCGCACCAACGCCUUCCGGCCUGACCUUCAUUUUUGUCCAUGGCUUGGGCUCGUCGCAAAAUUACUACUUCCCCGUCAUCCCACAUCUGACCGACCGUCAUCGCUGCAUUGCCAUCGAUACCUACGGCGCUGCCCGCUCGCCGUACACCAAUGACACAGUCUCCAUUCCCUCCAUCGCGGAAGAUGUCAUCGGCGUGCUGGACGCGCUGAAUGUGCCCAAGGCCGUAGUUGCCGGUCACUCCAUGGGUGGACUGGUGGUGAUUGAGCUGGGCGCAAGGCAUCCAGACCGUGUGCUCGGCGUUGUGCCCAUUGGGCCGACACAUCCGUCGGAGGCACUGGUGUCGGUUAUGGGCAAGAGGGCGGAGACUGUGCUGGAAGCUGGAAUGGAGCCGAUGGCCAACACCAUCCCCUCCGCCGCCGUCGGCUCUCGCAGCACCCCGGUCCAGCGGGCGUUCAUCCGCGAGCUUCUGCUCGGCCAAAAUCCUGCGGGCUAUGCGGCUCUCUGUCGGGCCAUUGCAAGCGCCCAGGCUCCAGACUAUGCCGCUGUGCGUGCACCGUUUCUGCUCAUUGCUGGCGAGGAGGACAAGUCUGCGUCCCUGGAGGGAUGCAAGCAUAUCUUCGAGCAUGUCUCGAGCACGAGCAAGUCCAUGGAGAUCUUGGAUGGUGUUGGCCACUGGCACUGUAUUGAGUCCCCUGAUGAGGUGGGCAAGUUGAUUGCGCAGUUUGCGGGGAAUAUCACUGCUUAA